AUGAAUAUAGAUAAAGAGAUAGGGAGAAUGAAUCAAGAAAUAGAAAACAUAUGUAAAGAAUUGAUAGGUAUUGGCAUUAAAGCCUUUGUAGAUAUGAGCAAAUAUGAUAAGAUUCUAUUUGUUGGUUCAAUUGCUUUACCUGUUAUGAUCAAUUUACCAAACUUUGGAAUCAUACCAAAUGAUGAAAGUGAUAGAAUAGAAACACAUUAUCUAACUGGUAUUGACAAGAUUGCACAUGUUUAUGAUGAAUGCUUGGCAGGAAAUGAUUCAAUCUUGGAGACAAAAGAUAUUAAACUUUUAGCAGCAUCUGCUCAAACAAGUGACAAACUAUGUAGAAUAUUGGCGAGAAGAGAUGUAGUAUUGAUGCUACUACAAAUCAUUAUCAAUGCAGAGAGCAUGUGGAGAUCAGCUCAAAGUUUUGUAUCACCUCUAUCCGAAGAAACUAUUCAUAAUCUUUACCUUACUUUAGAUUAUGAAUCUUUAAUGUUGGAUGCUUCAAAUUUAUUAAAUCAUAUUUUACCUAAAAUUGAAUUGGAUGAAAUACCAUUUGGAGAAUUAAUAGGAAGUAUAAGGUAUUAUGGAUUAUCAACACCAAUCAUUUAUAAAUUACUAUGUGCAAUAUUAAAGUUGAUGGUCGAUAGAAAUGAUACGGUCAAGACAUUUAUGGAAAUGGAAUUGAUGGUACUGGUUAGAUACUUUAUGGAAAAUGAGUUUAAAUCAGAGUAUAGGUUACUACGAGACUAUUGGUUACAAAUAUCAGUUCGUUGGUAUAGAGAUCGAUUCAAAUUAAAUAUAGCACCAAUCGAUCGGAUGUUUAUAGAAGAGUAUUAUCAGAGUAAACGGUUUUGGAUCUACGUUCCAAAAGAGAUUCGAGUCAAUCCUCAUGGUCUAUUGAGUGAGGUGAUAUUGGAUGGAUAUGGAUUUUUACGUGGUUAUAUUUCAUCUACAAGUCUAUUGAUUGACUAUAUCUAUUCAGAAUCUGGUCUCUAUGAUAUAUGUUAUCGAAAGAGUGAUACUACUCUGACAAGAUUCUUAUUUUCAUCGUUUUUUGCUACUUCCAUGUUAAUGUUGUUUACAUUUUCAGCGUCUCGCAAGGGCAAGGUGCAUUACAUCAUAUCUGCUGCAUUUACUUGUGGCCUAACUUAUGCGCAAGAGAUUAUGAUCAAUCGUCAAAAGACGGGUGGUCGUGACUACAAAAUAUUUAAAGAUUAUUUCACUCAAAAUACAAACAACGAUAUUUAUGUUGAAAAGGAAUUAUUAUUAACUCAAGAUGAUCAACAAACAAUCAUUCAUAAUAGAUCAGAUAUUCUGGAUUAUGAAUUCUAA